UCUUCCUUAAAACUAAUUAUAUAUUGCGAAAGGCGAGAUAAAGCUAAUUGUCACGAGUGUAGAUUUUGUUGUACAUUAUUGAUGUGUACUCUUAAAACCAAAACAGGAGAUGUGUACACCAAGUUUUCCAAGUAUGGAACUGAUUUGAGCAAUCAGUUAGUUAAACUAACUUCACAGCAAAGUGCCGCAGAACUAUUCUAUCUGAAUAAUAAUAUGUAUAAGAAACCGGACUACAGAUGCCUGAAUCCUAACGGUACAGAUCCAGAAGAAUGGGGAACCUAUGAUCCGGUUGAGCUGGCCAAUGCAACAUCUGAGGAGGAAUUAAAAAAGGUAAAAACUUACUCCUUUGACAAGAGAUUUAUGAACUUUGAAGAUCCUGAAAUUCUAAAGUUAAUGGUUGGCAAGAAAAUGAAAAAGAAUUGGAAAGAAACUUAUGGUUUUGAUUUUGUUUCCUAUGGAGGAGAUAAAAGUGAAGCUUUACUAGAUUGCGCUAAAGCCGAGAGGAGUAAAUUUGCCCAAAAGUGCCAAGCACAAAAUGGAAUGUUUAAGUGCUGUACGUCUGGAUGGAAUAUUACAACAUAUUCUCUGACUAGAAAGAUGCUGAAAGAAUACAAACUUAUAAGUUCGUAUGAUGAGGAUUUGUGUGAUGAUUUUAAAUGUUCCAUCGCAACUAAUGUGCAUAUGUGCGCUAUACGGAAUCCUUUCACUGACCUGGUUGAUUUACAAUUCAAAACUCCACUAGUGAACCCUUUGGGAGGCGGAGUAAUUAUGAACUCAAAACUCGGAGCCAGGAUAGAUUCAGCCAACAUUGAUUUGAGGCUUGGGUUGAGGGCAGAGUUUUGUAUAAUUCUAGAUACCUGCGCGUGGACCGAGACAAUGUUUGAGACGAGUGAGUUAUUUAUGAGGGCAUAUGAUAGGCAAUCAUUUUGUCAACUUAAGCUUAAGAAUACCGGUUCAUUUGAGGAAUCUUACGAGACAGACGAAACAGAGGAAGAAUGUAAGAAGAGAAAAUAUCCAAACAUUAGGAUAUGCCCAAAAGACAAGUUUGAAAAGAAGAAGCCAUUAACAUAUUUGGAUGGAAAACAAAAGCUGUUCGGCGAGGCUAUGGAUGUACUCUGGGGAAACAAGAAACUAAAGAAAAAGACGAAGAAAAAGAAAACAAAAAGAAAAAAGAUGAAGAAAACUAAAGGCAAAAAGAAGAAGAAAAAGUCAAAGAGUUAUGAACAUUGA